AUGUCGGACCCCUUCGGCUCCCCGGUCAAGUCGGUGUCCCGCCAGCGGUCCCGACCGAACCUCACCAUGCCUCUUCCUGCCCUCCCCUCCGCUCGUUCUCUCAACAGCAUCGCGCGCUCCCCCUCCCCACCUCCCACCGCCGCACGCACCAUCAAUGGCGAACACCUCAAAUCGCACCUCGCCUCCAUGGUCGACCACAAGGCGAGCCAGCUUCAGAUGAUUGGACAGCUGGGCUCAGAGAUCCUGAGACAGCAGCAGGAGCUGAACGAGCGAAUGAAGGAUCUGGACGACGAGGGGGAUGAAGAGCUGGAUGAGGGGACAAAGCGGAGGUUGAGGGAUCUGGAGAUGGCCGUGGGGAGGUGGGAGAAGGACAAUGACGAUACCUUGAGAGAGAUCAGCGGGAAGCCCUCUAUUCUUGAGCUUGAGAUGCCAACGGCAGACACACCAUCUUCAACACUCACUCGACGCCAACGCAAUCAGCAACACCGCGCUCUCGAUAUGGACUUUGCUACUGAAAUCGGUCAAAAUCUACUAGCGGAAGUCCGGAGGCUACAGGUUCUGCUGAGCGAGCGGGAUAAGGCGGUAGAGAAGGCUCUCGAGGAGAAGGAGAGUAGCGAAGCUGAGAAGGAUGUUCUGCUUGCUACGUUGAGAUCUACUGAGAGCAGUGUCGAACGCUACAAGGAGGAGAACUGGAAUCUCGAGGUCAAUCUCCAGGAGAUUCGCAACACCUACUCGGAAACCACUGAACAGCUCCAAAAAAUCAACCAGGAGCAAAAUCGCCUCAGCAAAUCGCUCACGGACGCCGAGAAACACUCGCAGAUGGUGGAGGAGCUCCGCCAGCGCCACGAGACGGAGAUGGCACAGGCGAGGCGCGCGACUGCGGGUCUGCAGCGGGAGCGGAGUGAUCUCCUCACUGAGCUCAACGGGGAGCGUCAGCGGGCCAUCUCGGGCGUCCGGGCGCGGGCAUCUCGGGGCGGGUCUGCUAGUCCCGCCGAGGAUGACGAUGACGACGAGGACGCGCUCUCCCCGUCCCAGCUGUACGACGACAAGGGAUAUCAUCGAUCCCCGCUUGGAGAGAUGUACGUCAACGAGAUCGACGAGCUGCGGACCAACCUCGAAAAGGCUCAGGCGGAGAUUGACCGGCUCAAGUCUGGCGCGGUGGACGAGUUUGGCGUCCGCAGAGGACGUGCUUUCGGGUCGACUCGUACCCCUUCUGGCCUCUCUGCGGCGGGCGACAACUCAUUCGACUCUGGCUCGUCCGCUACUCCCGACCUCCUCCGGACACGCGGAACGGCCAACAUGGACUCUCCCCUCUCGUCCAGCCCCAACCUGCGGCAAAUCGACUCGCUCGAUAGUCUCCACCUCACCACCAAGGGCGCACUCUCGGAUGAGCUCGCCCUUGGUAUGGGUAUGCCGGAUUCUGACCUCCCUUCUCAUGACUCAUUCGACCUCCCCUCAGGCGUACCAAGCUUCAUGACUACCCGACCUACGGACUCUACCAUUUCCGAGCUCGCUACACCCAAGCUCUCCCAACUCCCCGCCGACAUCCCUCCAUCCCCCUCGGCCGGCGAACGCACACCCACCAAAUCCCACGCCCAACUCCCCCCGAGCAGGAUGUACGAAACCAUGACUCGCUCCUCCUCCAUCGAGGACGGGCUGACAACGGAUACGGACGACGCGCACUAUACCGAUGCGCGCUCAUCGGUCGGUACACUCACCCCGUCCCAAUCGCAUGCGGAUCUCACGGACGCCGACGCCUCAGCGGGCGAGUCGUCUGACGAGGACGAGCGGGAGAACCGCACCCGUACCAUCUCCAACCUCAGCUCUUGGAUGGCGAGGCGGAUGGCGAGUCGUGAGGGUAUGAACCAGCCCAGGACUGUCGAGGUGGAGAAGAUUGUGGAGCGGAUCGUCGAGGUGCAGGUACCGGUGGAUAGGAUCAUGGAGGUACCGGUUGACCGGAUCGUGGAGAAGAUUGUGGAGGUCCCGGUGGAGGUCAUCAGGGAGGUCGAAAAACGGGUGGAGGUGCCCGUGGAAGUCAUAAGGGAGGUGGAGAAGAUUGUGGAAGUUGAGAAACGGGUGGAAGUACCGGUUGAGGUGAUCAGGGAGGUGGAGAAGAUUGUGGAAGUGGAGAAGCGGGUCGAAAUCCCCGUGGAAGUCAUAAGGGAGGUGGAGAAGAUAGUCGAGGUCGAGAAGAGGGUUGAGGUGCCGGUGGAAGUUAUAAGGGAGGUGGAAAAGAUCGUGGAAGUGGAGAAGAGGGUCGGAGUACCCGUCGAGGUGAUAAGGGAGGUGGAGAAGAUUGUCGAGAAGAGGGUCGAAGUACCCGUGGAAGUCAUCAGGGAGGUGGAGAAGCGAGUCGAGGUGCCAGUGGAGGUCAUCAAGGAGGUGGAGAAGAUCGUCGAGGUGGAGAAGCGGGUAGAAGUACCGGUCGAGGUCAUCCGGGAAGUCGAGAAACGCGUCGAAGUCCCGGUCGACCGCAUCGUCGAGCGCAUCGUCGAAGUCGAAAAGCGCGUCGAAGUGCCCGUACCGUUCGAGGUCGUCCGGACGGUCGAGGUCGAAAGGCCCGUCGAGAAGAUCGUGUAUGUCGACCGGGACGUUGAGCGGACCGUCGAGGUCGAAAAGCCGGUCGACCGGAUCGUUUACGUCGAUCGGGACGUUGAGCGGAUCGUCGAAAAGCCGGUCGACCGGAUCGUACACGUCGACAGGGAGAUCGAGCGGAUUGUCCACGUUGACAAACCGGUCGAUCGGGUCGUACAUGUCGACCGGGAGGUCGAGCGGGUGGUGGAACGCCCUGUCGAGGUGGAGAAACGGGUCGAAGUCCCCUUCGAGGUCAUCCGGGAAGUCGAGCGCAUCGUCGAGGUCCCGGUGGACCGUAUCGUCGAGCGGAUCGUCGAAGUCCCCGUAGACCGCAUCGUCGAAAAGAUCGUCACCGUCCCGGCUACUCGGUCGGCUCACAAUGACACAUCCGUUCAAACCGACGCCAUCCCCGCUCUCGGCCCAUCCCUCAUCACCCCUGCUCCAGACUUGGGCAUGUUCCGCAUUGCCCAAGGCACCAACUACGACUUCCUCAAAGCUCCUCCUUCCCCAGCCACCACAGCCCAAUCCCGGCGCAUCUCGGCAGAGACGUUCGGCCGCAGGGAAGACGAAGCUGGUCUCCCCGGCUCCCGCUCGGUCUCUGGCGCCAGCAUCGAGGGUCUUCCUAUUGCUCACACUUCUCCCGAUCUAUCCCGCCCGCCCGUCAUGGCACUUCCUCCUCCGCCGCCCGGUCCUCCUCCAGCCGGUAUAGCCAAGACCAUGGCGACAGCCCCGCCCCGCCCUCAGUCCCCCCCUCCCAACGACUUUGUCUCCCGCUCUGCCACGCCCGGUGGCACUUUGGCUAAGAAGCGCCUGUCCAAGCCGGCGCCUACCUCCGCCGGGUCCGCCAUCCGCGCUUCCGACAUGGGCCCACCGCUCAGCAUCUCCCGGCAGACCUCAACCAGCAGCUUCCGGAAUCCCGAGCCAUCCACCCCCAAAGCCGACUCUCGGGCUUGGCAAAAGUCCCGCGAGACCGUCAAAAAGCACGCAACACAUGUCAUCUCUACCUCGGGGCGGCAUUCUGCUACAUCCAGCUUCUCGGAGGCGUUCAACCGGAACCCGUCACUCUCUUCCGUCGAGUCGGUCAUUCCUCCUGGUGCCUCCAAGGGCAAGCAGGGUAUGGGGACGACCGAUCCUGCCGUUAUCCACGCAAUCACCCAGACCAUGAUUGGCGAGUACCUCUUCAAGUACACCCGAAGGACCAUCGGGCGCGGCCAGAGUGGGAAUCGGCACCAGAGAUACUUCUGGAUCCAUCCCUACACCAAGACAUUGUACUGGGGUGAGGAGGAUCCAGGAAGCUCGGUCGCGAGCGAGUCCAAGGCCAAGUCUGUGUUCAUCUCGAGUAUCAAAGUCAUCGACGACAGCAACCCCCUCCCGCCUGGACUGCAUAACAAGAGCAUCAUCGUUGCUACCCCCGGACGGGAGAUUCAGUUCACGGCGCCAAACAAGGACAGGCACGAUCUUUGGGUCUCAGCUCUCCAAUUCUUGUUACAGCAGCAGAACGGCGUCUCUCCCUCCGGCGAUAUCGCCCAAAUUACCGUCCGCCAAUCAUCUCUCAGCCGUCAACCCCUCGGCCCUGUCGAUGAACAAGGCCGUUUCACCCAGCCCAAGACCCCAUCGGCGAUGCCAAAAUCGCCGAUGUCAAUGCGGUCAUUCCGAAGCGACAACCGCUCCCUCCAGUCCAUGACACCCAAGCCGCCACGCGCAGCCAGCUCCAUGUCCCAGCGUCCGCCCUCGACACUUGGCAAGCGCUCAGGUACGGCAGCGUAUGAUUACUGGGAGCGAUACACUGCUCGACACGCGGUCCCGGAUACGCUGAGAGGUGGACACCGGUUCGCUGGCGACUAUAAGUCGAGCAGGGGGAGAGACGAAUAUGACGUGGUGGAUCCGCAAGAGGGCGAUGACCAGGACGAGUACGAAGGGAUGGAUAAUGUCCGAGCAUGCUGCGAUGGGAAGCAUCUCGUCGGCGAUCACAAACAUCAUCACUCCCAGCGUAACGACCGCAGCCAGACUCCCGCUAGCCAGACCCCUUCCGUCCGAGCCUGGUCCAUCGCUAGCCGACGCAAAAGCACCGCCAAACCUACCGCUGCGUCCCUCUUUGGCAGGCGCGAUGUAGAAGGGGACGGAACGAGUCUGAAUGGCAGCUCGUAUACUGCGGAAGAGAGGGCGGGGACUGUUGGCGGGAGGAGUAAGAGCGCGUUGGGGUUUAGAGAGGGGAGUAUGACACCUACACCGGCCAUGCGGUGA